AUGGGGACCAGUUCACCCGAAUCCUUUCUAGACGCAGUGUAUCGUCUCGCCGCAACCUACACCAGUCGAGGUUCAACCACAGAGGCGACUCAGCUUCGCGAUGUGGCCGACACGGCCAAAGAAAAGGCCGCAGCAGGUGGGGCAGGGGGGGCUGCGGUCCUGGAGGAUCUCGGUGCCUUGGUCAAGACAUAUCUGGAAAGCGCCCGGUGGAAUAUUGCGAUAGACCUCGGAGUACUCGUGCUCAAUGCGCGAAAAGCCCUUCUCGGAGAGAAAGAUCCUUCGACUUUGACGGCAAUGAGUAACCUGGCCUCCGCGUACUGGGGCCAAGGGCGCUGGAAAGAGGCUGCGAAUAUCGGUCAUCGGGUGACGGAUCUGAGGCGCCGUACUCUCGGUGAUGAGCAUCCGCAGACACUGACUUCUAUGUCGAAUCUUGCUUCAACGUACAGUCGACAGGGUCAAUGGAGGGACGCGGAAAUAUUGCAGGUUAAGGUUCUUGAGGUACGAGUGAAAACACUCGGAAGGGACCACCCUUCGACGAUGACGUCGAUGGGUAAUCUCGCAGUCACCUAUGGGAACCUUGGUCGUUACGCCGAUGAAGAAAAACUAGAACGGCAUUUAAUCGAGCUCGGUGAAGCGAAGCUCGGUGCGAUGGAUGGUUCCGUCCUCACAUGGAAGUCAAAUUUGGCAGAAACAUACCGUGAGCAGGGUCGGCUGGAGAGUGCGAACAGACUGCAUCUAUUGGUUUUCAAUGCUAGGAAAGACACCCUCGGAAUACAGCACCCACUCACAUUGACGUCGAUGGCCAACUUGGCGUCGACUUAUCGACAACAGGGCCGCUGGGAAGAAGCCGAGCAUCUUGAGAAUUGUGUGGUGAAAACAAGCGAGGCGGUUCUGGGGCGAGACCAUCCGCAGACCCUCAUGGCAGUCGGUAAUCUAGCCUCGACCUAUUGUAGGCAAGGGCGGUUACGUGAUGCCGCCGGUCUCUGGACCAGGGUGGUAGCCCUGAUGAAGACGGUUCUCGGGGACCAUCAUCCAGACACACUCACGGCGAUGGCCGACCUGGCGGUGACAUAUCAGCGCCAGGGACAGCUGAGCGACGCCGAAACCUUAAUGAUCCAGACGCUGAACGGUAUGAAGGCGACCCUCGGACAAGAACACCCGCAUACACUUACUGCCAUGGCCAACUUGGGAAUGAUAUACCAGUCUCAGGGAAGAUGGGAGGAGGCUGGAGACCUGGCUGAACAGGUGUAUGCGGGCCGGAGGAAAAUACUGGGGGAAGAGCAUUCGGAUACUGCUCUUGCUCUGGAAGAUUUGAUGAGGAUCGCGCGAGUGGAAGCAGCAGACAGGACCAUGCAGGCGUCAGAGCACCCCAGCAAUUUGAUUCUGAUCCAUCAAUGA